AAAUUGAGUGAAUCCAUGGCUUGAACCAGAAAACUGUGUACUAUUUGAAAAUACCAAUAGCAAUGGCGUCGGGUUCUGUAUCUGCCGCUCGCAGUUCCGUAGAGGUGGAACGAUGGCAGGUGUUGGGAAAUGCUUCCUCGUUACUGGCCCUCCCGGCGUGGGUAAAACCACUGUGAUUAUGAGGAUAUGCGAGAGCCUGAAGCACUCUAACCCCAACAUCAAGCUUCAGGGUUUCUACUCUCAAGAGAUUCGACAGGGAGGUGAGAGGGUAGGGUUUGAAGUCGUCACCUUGGAUGGUCGCAGAGGUCGCCUCGCCUCCUCCACUAUUUCCAGUCCAGAAGCUCAUCGGUGGCCUGCUGUUGGGAAAUACAAAGUGGAUAUAGCAUCGUUUGAAUCAUUAGUUUUGCCUGAAUUGAAGAUCAGAGAAGAUACUGAUCUCUUCAUUGUCGAUGAAGUUGGUAAAAUGGAGCUGUUCAGUUCAUACUUCUUUCCAGCCAUCCUAAAUAUUCUUCAAUCCAAUAUUCCUCGCAAAGCUUUACCUGCAGUUGUAAGGUUGAAGAAUCAUCCAGGUGCAGCAACAGGGAUGCUGCGAAAGAGCAAAUGUACUCUCUGUUGGUGGGUAUGCUUCAUAAACCUUAGAUACUGGAUUAGGUUACUGAUUCAAACUUGUCUGAUGAUGUAUCUGGUUCACCCAAUUAGUAAUGGAUAUAGUAUGACUCGUAUUGAACUCCUGUUUUUAUCAGUUUCUGUACAUGUAUACGCACACAGUGGCUUAAGAUAUGGAGCUCGUGAAGAAAAUGUUGUUAAUGGAAGUGCAGAUUUGCUUGGUUGGUUGCAAAGUUUGAUUAGAUUGGAAAUACCCUUCCAUUGUUUGCCUUUCUACGAGGUCAAUAAUGCUGCUUGCAUCUCUUACAGAUCACAACUAGAAUUCAAUGAAGAACAGAACACCUUUCAAUGCAUCCCAUUCUGCAGCCUGCGAUCCGGUGGCUGCAUGGGAGGCAUAUUUAAUCUUUUUGACUUUCAUCAAGGCAGCAUGGCCAGAAAAAAACUUGCAAAGAAGAAACACGUAGACGUCCUGGAAACUCCGCGAAAUAGCUUGGAGAUGCAGUUAGACCCUUCCCAGAGCUACUAUGCCGUAGGAGAUCAGCCGAACUCUUAUCAAGUGGAAGAAGACUGGUCAGCGAGGAACUAUUAUAAAACCGAGGCUUCAAUGAAGAAAUUGCUAAGUGAGGAGAUGUCCAAACAGUUUAACUCCAGACACAAUUCACCUAGUAUUGUUGCCAGAUUGAUGGGGAUGGAUCCGUUGCCAUCUGAUACAAAAUCUGUAGCUCAAUCGGUUACGAAGAAGAGUGAUAACCAGCGAGUCGAGCUUUCUGGAAGGGAGAAAAAUGUCAAGGGAUCUAACUUAUAUUUCUUGAAACAAAUGGAAGUUGACUCUAUAUACAGUACAAGAGACAGAGAUGCUGAGAGAUGGAACGCCGACCUUAAAGUCGGAAAGCCUAGGCGUCGGGAACAUCCUCAGGAGGAAGAAUUGAAAAGGUUUAAGAAAGAAUUUGAAGCAUGGCAAGUGGCUAGGCUUAGGGAAUGUACAAAGGUUAUUGAUGUUGGAAACAUUUCUACUCAUCAAUUCACUCGAGGGAAAUCGAACAACGAAAGGAAGACACAUUAUGCGGAUUCAGUACCAGCGAUGCAUGAGAAGCCUGUGGAUUCCAAGAGGUUUGCAGUACAAGAAAAGGGCUUGAACAUGCACUUGCACCAUCAGAGGUCUAAAUCAGAUCUCUUUACAGACCGGCAACAUGAAUUGAGAAGACGAAGCACAAAUAAAGAUUUUUGUGUACCUUCAACAAUGGAUUAUAAUGAGAAACUGGAUGCUGCUCCCACAAGAAUAGUGAUCUUGAAGCCUGGACCUGAUGGGAUUUAUGAUCAUGAAGAAUCAUGGACAUCUUCGCCUAGUACUUCCCAAGAGAGAGCUAGUAUGGAGGAUUUUCUCGACAAGGUAAGGGAACGACUAAAAUCGGAACUGCAAGGUAAAGCUUUUAAUGGGAAAAAGAGUUUUGUGGUCAGAGGAAGUGGAAUUGAGACCCCUUUCAGUGAAAAGCCAUCAUCUGGUCCAAGACAAAUUGCUAAGCAUAUAGCAAAUCAGGCCAGAGAAAAUGGCAGUAGGGAUAUCAGAAUGAAUUUAGUUCGAUCCGAAUCAACCAGAUCAAAUAGAAGUGACAUUCUGUUCAAUGAACCGGGUUCCCCCGAGUUCAUCGACCGAGAUACAAGAAGAUUCUUGUCAAAGAGACUGAGGAAUGUGCUAAAGGAAGAAACACAGUAUGAUGUACCAAUAUUUCCCUCAUGCAACUCUAGAUCAUCCGUGUUUGAUAAUGGAAGGGAGAGGAUAAAAAGAAUGCAAGACAUAUCAAAAUCCGGAAAUGAGCAGAGUGACUGGGAAAUUGUUAAACAUGUACAAGAAAUGCAAACCAGAUCUUUCAGGCAUGGAGAUGAUGUUUGGCCGUUAAACAGUGAACCAUCUCCUAGAAAUCUCGUUAGGUCCUUGUCAGCCCCCAUCUCCCGAACAUCAUUCGGGAAGCUACUUUUAGAGGACCGCCAUAUUGUAUCCGGUGCACAUAUCAGGACGAAGCAUGAAGGCAUUGAAACUGCAUCAGGAGACAUUAGAAGAAGGCAAAAAUUCAACUUUAAAGAAAAAGUUUCCAAUAUUAAAUACGGUUUGACGCUUAGGCCGAGGCUAUUCGGAAAGAAGAUUCAAUCCAUGGUGGAGUCAUUCGGUGCCGAUAAUGAUCUUGCAAAAGAUAUCUUGAGCGGACCAACAGUUAUUAUGAACUUUGGCAAGUGCCAAGAGAAUCCUACAGAGGUACCUCCUAGUCCGGCAUCUUUUUGCGGCAGUCCACAUGAAGAAUUUUGGACGGAGGUCGAUUAUCUCAGCCCAAUAUCAACACCGGAUGUGACUUUGGGAGAAGAUAAUACCAUACCACUGGCUUUCAGAGGGAUCAGUUCUAAUUUGAAUGAGCUGAGGAGGCAACUGAAUGAAGUAGAGUCCGAUAAGGCAAACCGCAUAACCAUAGAAAAGGAGCUUACUGAAUCUGAAACAGUGAAUCCAGAGGACCACGCACAAGGAUACAUAAGAGAUCUGCUUAUUGCUUCCGGUUUGUAUGAUGGUUUGUGUGACAAAUCCUUCUUAUCAAGGUGGGAUCCAUUAGUGAAGCCUAUAAGUAAAUCCGUCUUUGAACAAGUGGAAGAAUAUCAUAGAAAAUCAGCCAAGGAGAAUGAUAAGAAGGUAGAUCACAAACUGUUACAUGAUUUGUCGAAUGAAGCACUUUCGACCAUACUCGGGCCACCGGUGGCCAUGUCGAGGUUCAAGAGAAAGAUUCUCGGUUCCACCAUAUCGACACCUCCGGAGGGAAGGAAACUAUUGAAUUCUGUGUGGGAGAUUGUCCACAUUAAUUUACACCCGCCAAACAAUAGAUACAACUACUCACUCGAUACUAAGGUGGCCGGAGAUCUACGUUCCACCCCGUGGACCGGCUUGGUGGACGAGGAAACUAAUGGAUUGGAAAGAGAGGUGGAAUGGCACAUUAUUGGAGAUCUGGUUGAGGAAAUUGUGAAGGACAUAUGCAUUUAUGAGUGUUGUAGGAAGCAGAUGUUAGAUUUAAGUAGGGAGACAGUGAAGGCAAAUACAUAGAGGUGAUUCUUUUACAAAAGGUGAACGUUAUGGGAGAUUGGCUGUCCCUUGUACAUAUUGUUUUGCCGAGUUUGUGACAUAGAGAGGUUAAGUUGAUGAGGUUUAUACAUAC